AUGAUCUAUUCUCAUUCCGUUUUGGCUGUAGUAUUGGCUGUUGGGACCGCUUCUUCCGUCCUCGCCGCCCCUAUUGCUUCGAACUCCCUUCCAGGAGAUCCCCCCUUGCAGAAUGUCGCCCCGACGCUGUCGAGUUCUAACGGCCUUCCUAUACACACAGACUCGGCCGGUAAUAGUCACCACUCGAGCGUCCCUACUACUAUUGAGCCUGUCCUAGGUCCUCAGCCUACCGCUCCCUCCACGAACUUCGGAGAUGGUUCCUCUAGUCCCGCCUCGCAGAAUCUCAAUGGUCAUACAAGCACUGUCCAGGGUAUCACCCCGAUUUCCAAUACCAUUCAUCAACCACGUACUGCCGAUGAAAGUCAGAAAGAGGAGGAUGAACGCCAGCUCAAGCAACUUAAGGAGGCACUGGAGAAGAGCAAAGAACCAAUGACAACAGCAAUCAAUACUGAGAUCGAGGAGUUGAAGAAGAAAAUACGGCUCAGCCACGACGCCCCGAAAAUAGUCACUCCGAGUUCCAAAGGAUCCAAGGAAGAUGAUGUGGCUAUGGUUGAUGUUCAUUCCACCGAACAUCUUGAUGUGCACAUGCAUGGUUCUUCUAAUCCUCAUUCUCCUCAGAGCCAACCUGAUACGAACAUGGGUGGAGUCAGUCACGGAAGCCCUAUGUCCUUGGAUCCACCCUCGCCUCAUCAGGCGCGCAGCGACAUUGGUUCUGGUCAGCCACUUUCUACCAAUAGUCAUAUUCCCUCACCCCAUCGCGUGCGCUCUUUGUCUGAUCUUUACGGUGAUGAUUUAGAUUGA